UCCACAUCGAUUCCUUCCUGCCACUCCUUCCUCGCAUGCCCCCUGACUUCCUGCACCGAGACUGCUAAGCUAGCUCUGUAAUCUCGUCGGCCUCUUUCUCUGCCCCCUCGGCCGGCUUGCCACCCGAUAGGUCCUGAUGUCGGGCACCGUCUGCUCCAUGUGCGGCGACGUCGGUUUCCAGGACAAGCUCUUCGGCUGUGCCCGCUGCCGCUGCCGCUUCCAGCACUCCUAUUGCACGAACUACUACGGCGACGCGGCCCCGGCCGACGCGGGCGCCGGCGUCUGCGACUGGUGCCUCAGCGACGACCCCCUCGUGAAGAACAAGCGCCCUUCGGCGCCGCCGGCCAUGCAGCACCGCGGUCACGCGACUGGGAUGGGCUGCGGCAAAGUCAAGGUGACCGGCGGCGGCGAGCAGGAGGGCGGCCGGAGAGUGGCCAAGGCGGCCGUCCGCAGGUACAAGCUCCUCAAAGACGUCCUGUGCUAGCUAGCUGGUGCAUGCAUGGUCCUGGGUCACCGUACUCGUUUCCUUAGAUCGGGACCUCGUCAUCAUGUGUACUAAAAAACGAUGCUGUUUAAUUAGGUAGUCGAUAGUCGUUGUACCUAGCUAGCUGGUGGGGUUCUGCUUCCAUAUCGAUCCUUGCGUGCAAAUGUCUGCAUGUCACAAUGAGAUCUACUUCCGCAUGUAAAUAUGUACUGCUACUCUUUAUCUCUGUCAUCAACUGCGUGCUGUCGUGUGUGGUCAGGACUUUUGAACAUGUAUUUCCACAAGUUUAUGAUCAGUGCCAGUGCCAGUAAGUAUA